GCCGGGGACCUCCUCCUCUUCUCUCGCUGGAUCUUGGCGUUGGCGCUCUCUUUCUCCAUGAGCCCGGGGUGAACAGGUGCCCCGGAGGUGUGGGGGAUCCGUCCCCGGGUCCGCUUGGGCUGUUCUUGUCUCUCAGGGCGGAUUAUGGAGAGCUGUGACCGGGACAUGUAUCGCCAGUUUCAGGACUGGUGCCUCAGGACUUACGGGGACUCGGGCAAAACCAAGACGGUGACCCGUAAAAAAUACGAGCGGAUUGUCCAGCUCCUGAACGGCUCCGAGUCGAGCUCCACGGAUAAUGCCAAAUUUAAAUUCUGGGUCAAAUCCAAAGGCUUCCAGCUCGGCAGUCCGGACGAGGUCAGUGGUGGUGGUGGUGCUGCUGGUGGCGGAGGGAUGCAAGUGCUGUACGUGCCGGUCAAGACCACGGAUGGAAUUGGGGUAGAUGAAAAGCUGUCAUUAAGACAGGUAGCUGUUGUUGAAGAUUUCUUUGAUAUAAUCUACUCCAUGCACGUGGAAACAGGACCAAAUGGAGAGCAAAUCAGAAAACAUGCUGGACAAAAAAGAACCUAUAAAGCAGUAAUCAGAGAAACACUGUACUCAGCUCUCUCUUAUAUCAUAAUGCUUAUAUUUCAUCAUUCAUUUCAGAUUUCAGAGACCUAUGCCUUUCUUCCAAGAGAAGCAGUGACACGAUUUCUAAUGAGCUGUUCAGAGUGCCAGAAAAGAAUGCAUUUAAACCCAGAUGGAGCAGAUCAUAAAGAUAAUGGAAAACCUCCAACAUUGGUGACAAGCAUGAUUGAUUAUAAUAUGCCAAUCACAAUGGCCUAUAUGAAGCAUAUGAAGCUGCAGCUAUUAAAUUCCCAACAAGAUGAGGAUGAAAGUUCCAUAGAAAGUGACGAAUUUGAUUUGAGUGAUUCUACCAGAAUGUCUGCUGUGAAUUCUGACCUCAGUUCAAAUCUUGAAGAAAGAAUUCAAAGUCCACAAAAUCUUCAAAGUCAGCAAGAUGAUGAUUCAGCUGCAGAGAGUUUUAAUGGCAAUGAGACCGCAGGACGCAGUUCCAACACUUCAGUUGGAACACACUGCAGGGAAGUUGCAGAAGCCAAUAGCAAUGGUAAAACAACUUUGGAGUUAGAUGAACAGCCUCUGAACCUGAGUGACAGCCCCUUUUCUGCUCAGCUUACUUCAGAAUACAGGUUAGAUGAUCCAAACAGCGACGGAAAGAGCAAGUACAAGAACAUCCUAGCAUCUGAUCUUAAGUUGGAGCAAGAAGCAAAAGAAAAUGGAAGCAAGUCACCUGCCCAUAGUUAUUCAAGCUAUGAUUCUGGCAAAAAUGAAAACAUGGACAGAGGUGCUGAAGACCUCUCCCUGAACCGGGGAGAAGAAGACGAUGAUGACCAUGAUGAUCACGAAGAUACUGAGAAAGUCAAUGAAUCUGAUGGGGUUGAAGCUGAGCGCCUGAAAGCUUUUAAUAUGUUUGUCAGGCUGUUUGUAGAUGAAAACUUGGACCGAAUGGUCCCAAUCUCUAAGCAGCCCAAAGAAAAGAUCCAGGCUAUCAUUGACUCAUGCAGGCGACAAUUCCCUGAAUAUCAAGAGCGUGCCAGAAAGCGUAUACGUACUUACCUCAAGUCCUGCAGGCGGAUGAAAAGGAGUGGUUUUGAGAUGUCAAGACCCAUUCCCUCACAUCUUACUUCUGCAGUAGCUGAGAGCAUCCUAGCUUCUGCCUGUGAAAGUGAAAGCAGGAAUGCUGCAAAGCGCAUGCGAUUAGACCGACCACAGCAGGAUGAGCCUGCUUCUGCUGACAAACCAUUUAAACAAGAACCAACCCAGGUCACACACUCAACAUCAGCUGUUUCCAGUACACAGGAGGUGCUGUACAUCAAUGGAAAUGGGACCUACAGUUACCAUAGUUACAGAGGGCUAGGUGGAGGUCUGUUAAAUCUCAGUGAUGCUUCUACUAGUGGUCCAACUGAUCUCAGUAUGAAGAGGCAGCUAGCAAGCACUUCCGGGUCUUCUAGCAAUACCAGCUCUAGACCUCAGCUGAGUCCAACUGAAAUUAAUGCAGUACGGCAACUGGUUGCAGGAUAUAGAGAAUCAGCAGCAUUUUUAUUACGUUCUGCAGAUGAACUGGAAAACCUUAUUUUGCAGCAGAACUGAGACACACAUUAUUAUCUUGCUGAUCUAGUUUUAUCAUAGAAUUUCCACUGAUGACAUUUUGAUAUUUCAGAGCAGAUCUUUUCAUGUGCCGCGGUCUUGUUGACAAGUUAAUUUCCAUUAUGCCACACUGUUCUCAGUGUACUCGGUGUGUUAUGGUUC